UGUCCCUCUGCGGGCCCGGUGCCCAGCGCUGACCGAGCGCACAGAAUAUAUAACCAGUCCCCUGACAGCGGAGGCACAGAGGACGGCUGGCACAAGUGUUGCCCCAGUUUGCGUUUUUUUUUUUUUUUUCACCCUUUUGCUGGGUAAGUAGGUUGGGAAACCUCGGUGACCCAGAUUUGAGGGACUUUGGGUCUGAUCGGGACUUUUGGUGUGGACGGACUGGACCUGGCUGCAGCUAUCAGGAUGAGAAGUUCUUAGAUUUCUAACCCGGCUGGAAAGAGCCCGUGUUCCGCCUGAGAAAUGUCCGCGCAGGGGUCGGUGCUGGCGCUGGGGAAAUGUCUCGCCUGCCUGGAGUUCAUGCUGUUUCCUGUCUGGAGGGGGAUAGGAGCCAGUAGCGCCGUCGGGUGGAGCCAGGGCUGGGGCCGCUGCCUGAGAUGGGAGCCGGAUAGCGGAGACCGAGGGACCAGAAUCCCGGCGUUCGACUACCCUGUGUGGCUGGUCUUCUGUCGCCGGGGGCGUGCCCGGCUCAGGGAGGUGUGUCAGAGAGGGAGAGGCGCCAUCAGACUGCCCACAGACCUGCUGGGCUUAAAUCUCCCCCAGCUCUUCAACAUCCAUCAGAUUCCCAAGGUGUUCAGGGAGGAAAGCAUCAUCUCCGGAUACCGUCACCCUCAGAGCUCCGCCAUGGACUGCGUCCUCAGCAGCUUCCAGAUGAACAACGAAACCAUCAACAUAUGGACCCACUUCCUGCCCACAUGGUACUUUGUGUGGCGGUUCCUGGCCCUGUGCUCCAGCGUGAACUUCGUGAACGACAGCUACACCUGGCCCCUGCUGGUCUACAUGCUGCUCAUCUGCAUUUACCCGUUCACCUCCAGCUGCGCCCACACCUUCAGCUCCAUGUCCGCAGAGUCCCGCCACAUCUGCUACUUCUUCGACUACGGGGCCCUCAGCCUCUACAGCCUGGGUUGUGCCAUCAGCUAUGGAUACUACGUGAUGCCAGACUGCUGGGUGAACAGUUGGAUCCAUCAACAUUUUGUUCUCAUCGCCAUCGGGAACUCUCUGUUCUGCACCAGCAUGUCCUGCUAUUCCAGAUUUGUGGAGCUGCAGUUCCCCAAGAGGAGUAAAGCCUUACGGACCGGAGCGUUUGUUGUGCCGUUCAUAUUCGACACGGUCCCUCUGUUUUACAGGGCACUGAUCUGCUUGUGGGGUGGCGACAGCCCGAGCGACGCCCUGUCCAGUCAUUGUUACCACCUCCUCUUCGCCUUCCUCACCUGCUUCCUGUUCACCGCCCACCUGCCAGAGAGGCUGGCCCCGGGCCGCUUCGACUACAUCGGCCACAGCCACCAGCUGUUCCACGUCAGCGCCGUGGUGGGAACCCACUUCCAGAUGGAGGGCGUCAUAGCGGACAUGACGUCUCGGAGGGCGUGGCUCCAGCUCCACGGGGCCACGCCGUCCUUCCUGGGGACCAUCGGCGCUCUGGCCGUCAGCCUCGCCCUCAACCUGGCCAUCAUCGGCAUUUUCAGCACUCCGCUGCUGUGGAAAAGCCGACACGGCAGCAAGCAGCAGCAGCAGCAGCAUGUCUGCAAGGAGCAGUAAGGAAAAGCUUCCCAGAAACAGUGGAGCCGUUUGCUUUCCAAAGGAAAGGUUUGGCUGGUCGUCAGCUCCAAGUCGCGCUGGUUUAACAGUUUCCCUCUCACGUAUCUUAGGCGCUUUGUGUUUGCUCAGCGGCUGAAGACCCGGUCCUUCAUUAAAGCCUCGUUCUGAUGCUCUUAAGGUUCUGGGUUGAAGGAAGCUCGCUGUCGUGGCACAGCGCCCUCACUGCCAGUUUUAAACCUCAGACUGGAAACAUUCAGUUUGAACUGACAGAAUUUCCUUCAGGUUUCUGAGAAAUCCUCGGAAAUGUUCCUCCUAACUGGACCGAUGGGUCGGUCGGGUUGUUCUGUGAGCCUGACGGCUCCAUAAAAUAAUGCAGAUUGGAUCGGCAGCUCUUAAACGUCCGCCAUCGAUCCCACUCCUCGCUCACGGGAAUUGAUUUUCAGAGCCGUGCGGUUCUUUUUCUCUCCCCCCCC